AUGGCAUACGCACAAGAAUUCUUGGACUUUUUAAACUCAUCACCAACGCCUUAUCAUGCAGUCUCCUCUCUGAAAACGAGACUCAGUGACGCGGGCUUCAGAGAGCUCUCGGAGAGAACCUCGUGGAACGGGUUAGUUGAGCGUGGGAACAAGUACUUCGUCACGAGAAACGGCUCCUCCAUCAUUGCCUUUGCCGUUGGUGGUAAGUGGGCGCCAGGGAACCCGGUUUCCAUUGUCGGUGCGCACACAGACUCGCCGUGCUUGAAGAUUAAGCCUGUGUCAAAGAGAUCAAAUGAGGGCUUCAUCCAGGUUGGCGUGGAACUGUACGGUGGUGGUAUCUGGCACUCGUGGUUCGACUCAGACUUGUCGCUUGGAGGCCGUGUCAUGGUGGCUCAAGGUGGGCAAUUCGUCCCGAAGUUGAUAAACAUCCGUAAACCCUUGCUGAAGAUUCCAACAUUGGCUAUCCACUUGGACAGAGACGUGAAUACGAAGUUUGAAUUCAACAAGGAGACGCAGCUCUUACCAAUUGCCGGGUUAGAGAACGCAGCUUCUGUGACAUCUGGUGGAUGCUGUGGCGGUGACGGAGAACCAAAGAUCUCACAGGAGGAGUUCAAGUCUUUGAAGUCGAUCAUUGAAAGACACAACGAGCAGUUGGUCCAAUUGAUUGCGAAGGAAGCUGGAGUGGACGUGUCACAGGUUGAAGACUUUGAGCUUCUUCUCUAUGACCACAAGGAAUCGUGUCUUGGUGGAUUGAACGAUGAAUUCAUUUUCAGUGCCAGAUUGGACAAUCUGACAUCUUGUUUCACCGGUACAGAGGGGUUGAUCGAGUCCUCUGAAGAUCUAAGCCAGGAAUCAGGCAUUCGUCUUAUUUCGUGCUUUGACCACGAGGAGAUUGGCUCAUCGUCAGCUCAAGGUGCGGACUCAAACUUCCUUCCAAACAUCUUGGAUAGAAUCACCGGUUUGAGUGGCAUUCCUGAGAAGGAUACAAAUGCAGCAAUACAUACAAAGAUCCUGGAAUCAUCUGCCAAAUCGUUCUUCCUAUCAUCCGAUGUGGCCCACGGUGUUCACCCAAACUAUGCCUCAAAAUAUGAAUCAAACCAUAAACCAAAAUUAGGCGAAGGACCAGUUCUAAAGAUCAAUGCAAACCAACGUUAUAUGACUAACUCUCCGGGAGUUGUCCUGUUGAAGGAAUGUGCUAAAAGGGCCAAAGUUCCAUUACAACUAUUUGUUGUUCAAAAUGCUUCCCCAUGUGGUUCCACUAUCGGUCCAAUCUUAGCUUCUAAAACGGGUAUUAGAACUUUGGACAUUGGUAAUCCAAUCUUGAGUAUGCAUUCUAUCAGAGAAACUGGAAGUUCGUCCGAUAUUGAAAAGGCUGUUAAGCUCUUCAAGAGUUUCUACGACAACUUUUCAACUAUCGAGCCAACCAUCUUAGUCGAUGGCAUUUGA